AUGUCAUCGAUUACUGAUGCCACAGUAUUGAUUGGCACUCAGACGGAACAUGUUCUUCCAAUCCGCUCUCCCCCAGCCAGAAAUAAUGCUCACCAGCAAAGCUCUUAUCCUCGCCCUCGCCGCCCACCUAUCCUUAGCAGCCGUGCUGUGGGACGGGCGGUUCAACGACCUAAGACGGCGCAGGACCUGAACAAGUGGUCGUGGGCCAACCAGGCCGGGCCGUACCAGUACUACAUCCACGGCAGCGGCAGCGUCGACAAGUACAUCAGCCUGUCCCCGGGAUACAAGAACCCAAACGAGACGGCCAGCGCGCGGGGCGCGCGCUUCGCCCUCGACGGCGCCGUGUUCUGGAUCGGGCAGAACAUGCGCCGCACCGAGCUCAUCUCCCAGACCACGGCGGGCAUUCACUUUACCGAGAUGACGUACGGCUGGAUCUCGGGCGAGCAAGGCACAAGCAACAAGAAUCUGCAGUGGAUGGUCGGCCAGAGGUCGCUAUGGAAGACAGAGUGGAAGCCUGACGUGUGGCACAAUGUGGCCUACGAGAUCGACUUUGGCGCAAGGACUGUCGGCUUUUGGCAUUCCGAAGGGGGUACACCGCUCGAGAGAAAGUUUGCUCCAGCGAAUCUACCUCCUCCAACGGAGCCGACUGACACCUGGGCGUCCUCGAGCUUCCACGAUAGCAACACCAACGAAGACUUUUACUUCUCGGGUGUUAUAUCGAGUCCGGCACCAUCACCACCUUUGUGA